GAAAGAUGGGAGCGAAAGCGUCUACUAUUGAGGCUGACGUGGAAGAGAAGGAGCCUUUUACGGAUGACCCGGAAGUAGUAGAAUCAGAUGGAUUCGCGAGGUCCAGAUCCUGUCGUGUGAGCAUGUUGAGCGAAAGUCUACGGGUUCAGAGCGAUCUUUCUCAUUCCAUUCAUCAGCUGGCAGAAAUGGGGAACACAGAAGUCAUCCAACUGAAAGUGCAGAACCAAGAGAACGUGGACCUGCUCAACUCAGACCAGCUGGCACCCUUGCACUAUGCCACGCGCUACAACCAGGUCAAUACCGUCAAACUCCUUCUCGAGAAUGGGGCAGAGGUCAAUGUCAAAGGGUUGGAUGACCUCACGCCGUUGCACUUUGCUGCUAGAAUGAAGCCACGGCAGACCAAAGCCAAGCCAGAAUCACCUCCACUUGAAGACAGCCAAGUCGAAAGCGGAACUCCGCCCGACGCCCCACAAGCUUCCACGCCCACCACGCCCACCACGCCCUCAGAGUCCACCGAGGAGUCCAUGGUGCGUCUCCUGGCGAAGCACGGCGCCCUCCUGGAUGCUCAGGACAAGUACGGACAGACGCCCCUGCACUUCGCUUCCAUGACGGGCAACCUGGCGGCGGCGAGGGACCUCAUCCGGUGCGGGGCGGUGGGGAGAUCGAGGACAACCAGCAGAUGACGCCCAUCAUCGUCGCAGCCACGUACGGAUACACAGACAUCGUUCGUUUACUUCUCAUCCAAGCCAAAGCCAACAUCAGACAAGCGGACUCAUCCAAACAAAACGCUUUGCAUCGAGCAGCAAAAGGAGGACAUUUGGAAAUCGUGAAGAUGAUGAUUCAGACCGCCAAGACGAUGAAGAAUUUCCAGAGCUUCUUAGACGCUCGAGACGCCAAGAAGAAGACCUCCUUG